AUGGAGCGAGAUCCCAGCGACAGCAGCCUCUUUUUCCGCCGUCUCCAGAGCCGCUCCCACGAGAAGGUGAAGCUGCGAAAAAGAAAGUCGGUUCUCUACGUGAGCCCCGAGAAGAGCUCGGGGCGCCUCGGGGAUCUUCUUGGUGAAAGCAUUUAUCUGGUCUUGUUUACCAUAACAUUCCGAAUAUGUAACUGCUUUUUAGUCCAGACAAGUUUUGUUCCAGAUGAGUACUGGCAGUCUCUUGAAGUUGCACAUCAUAUGGUUUUCAAUUAUGGUUAUUUGACCUGGGAAUGGACAGAAAGAUUAAGAGGUUACACUUACCCCUUAAUCUUUGCAAGCAUUUACAAGAUUCUGCAUCUUUUGGGGAAAGAUAAUGUUCAGCUGCUGAUUUGGAUUCCUAGACUUGCCCAGGCACUUCUGUCUGCUAUAGCCGACUUGAGGCUUUAUUCAUUAAUGAAGCAACUAGAAAAUCAGCAAGUAGCAAAAUGGGUGUUUUUUUGCCAGUUAUGCUCUUGGUUCACGUGGUAUUGCUGUACCAGAACUCUUACCAAUACCAUGGAAACUGUUCUCACCAUAAUUGCUCUUUUCUACUAUCCUUUGGAAGGUUCAAAGUCUAUGAACAGUGUCAAGUACUCAUCCCUGGUGGCACUUGCCUUCAUAAUUCGUCCCACAGCUCUCAUUCCAUGGAUACCUUUGUUCUUCAGACAUUUCUGGCAAGCACAGAGAAAGCUUGAUCUUAUUCUACAUCAGUUCUUACCUGUAGGAUUUGUCGCUUUGAGUUGUUCUCUGAUAAUCGAUCGUAUGUUUUUUGGUCAGUGGACUCUGGUUCAGUAUAAUUUUUUGAAAUUUAACGUGCUGCAGAAUUUGGGAACAUUUUAUGGUUCUCAUCCAUGGCACUGGUACUUCAGUCAAGGAUUUCCAGUUGUUCUGGGCACUCACCUACCCUUCUUUAUUCAUGGCUGCUUUCUAGCCCCAAAGAGGUACCAGAUACUUUUGGUGACUGUGCUGUGGACACUUCUGGUUUACAGCAUGUUGAGCCACAAAGAAUUCAGGUUUAUCUAUCCAGUUUUACCAUUUUGUAUGGUAUUCUGUGGGUAUUCACUAAAUCACCUGAAAAUGUGGAAAAAAACAGCUUUAAGUUUCCUGUUUUUAUCAAAUAUGCUCCUUGCACUCUAUACUGGUUUAGUUCAUCAACGAGGUACUUUGGAUGUUAUGACUCAUAUUCAAGAACUCUGUUAUAACAAUCCCAAUGAAUCUGCAGCUUCAGUAUUUGUAAUGAUGCCUUGCCACUCUACUCCUUUAUAUAGCCAUGUUCACUACCCACUUCCGAUGAGAUUUCUCCAAUGUCCCCCAGACCUGACUGGAAAAAGUCAGUAUCUUGAUGAAGCAGAUCUAUUUUACCAAAAUCCCUUAAGCUGGUUGUAUGAAGAGUUUCACAACAAUUCAACAUUGCCUACUUACUUGAUCCUCUUCAGCAUUUUGGAAGAGUGGAAUGUCACUAUUAUGCUAUUGAGAGCUACACAUUGUGCCUUGACUCAUACUUGUUCUGAGCUAAUUAAACAGUAUGAGGAUGCCCUCUGGGACACUGCACAAAAUAUGGAAUGCUUCACGGAACUGUGUGUCAUCCUUGUGCAGGGGCCAUGCUAAUCUCUGUAUCGUUCCAUUUUCAGUGUAUGUACUGCUCGUGCGAGGACUCAGGUCUGUUGUUUUUGAGGGCUCUUUGAAAUACAUAAAGUGUUGCAUUCUCCCAGACAGAGAAAGAAAGAAAGCAUGGAGUCUAUUCACAGUUUAUAAGGAAAAACAAAAACGCCUAUUUUUUUCUUACUAUAAUUCUCCUAAAUAAUAUAACACAAACUCAAAAGUUACAGCAAGGAAAAUAAAUGACUAACUGUGAUCACCCACCAUUCUCAAAGCCAAAUCUUUAGAGCAUUCUGUGUUUGUUACAUCUGUACUACAGCACCACCAUCCCUAUCCCAGCAGUGCUACAGGGAUCUUAAA